GGGCACAAGGCCUUCCACUGGCUAGGUUGAAACAAGGCAGGAAGGACAAGCCAGGAACUGUUGGUGAAGCGGCGUGGGGUGCGUGAGCAUACACCCAAACCAUGGGCAAUAGCAAGAGCGGAGCUCUGUCCAAAGAGAUCCUGGAAGAUCUGAAGCUGAACACCAAGUAUUCGGAAGAUGAGCUGUGCAAAUGGUAUGAGAGCUUCCAAAAGCAGUGUCCUGAUGGGCGCAUCAGCCGGGCUGAGUUUGAAAAGAUCUACGGCAACUUCUUCCCCAACUCUGAUCCCAAGGUCUAUGCCCGGCAUGUCUUCCGAAGCUUUGACACCAACGACGAUGGGACCCUAGACUUCCGGGAGUACAUCAUUGCACUCCAUCUCACCUCCACCGGCAAGACCAACCUCAAGCUGGAAUGGGCUUUCUCACUCUUUGAUGUGGAUCGCAAUGGAGAGAUCAGCAAACAUGAGGUUCUUGAGAUCGUUGCAGCAAUAUUCAAGAUGAUUCCUCCUGAAGAACAGAAGACUUUGCCGGAUGAUGAAAACACUCCUCAGAAACGGGCUGACAAGCUGUGGGCAUAUUUUAAUAAGGGAGAAACCGAUAAACUUGCUGAGAAGGAGUUUAUUGAAGGAGUGAUGAAGAACGAUGCAAUAAUGAGACUCAUCCAGUAUGAGCCCAAGAAAAAAUAGGAGCUUUGGUAUUAAUUGUUAGGAGGGAAAUUGAAAGCAUGGGUGUAAAAAAUCGGAGCUUGGAAAAGUUCAUUUUGGGGAAGACUACAACUCCCAGAAUCCCCAGCCCACAUGGCCAAAGGCUGUGCUCGCUUGGCAGAAUUCUGGGAGUUAUAGCUUUUUUAAAGAAAUACUGUUUCCAAGCUCUGAUAGAAGCGUAUGUUUGUAUGCAUGAUGCAAAGUAAAGGGGAAUAUUGUAAUACCCUGUGUGUGUGUGUGUGUGUGUGUGUAUGUGUGAAAGAAAUAGAACUUGGGGGGGAAUUUGUGCACACUCAUGGAAAAGUACGACUAUAAACACAACUGUAUUCCCUUUCCUGUACCAACUCUGUUAGCGAUAGCCAUCCUUUUUUCUGUUUCUGUCCUUUUAAUUUUUCAUUAUUUUUCAAUGGAAGGUCAGCCCCGCUGCCAUUAAAAAAAGCUCAAUUGAGUGAACAUAUUUAGGGGCAGGGGGAAGAAAGGUUGAGGAAAGGUUGAGGUAUGAAAAACAGUAAGAAACAAGGAAAAUAUUAUUAUUGCUAUUAUUGUUGUUGUUGUUAAAUUGCAAAAAAAACAAAAACAAAGACACACAUAAAAGACGUUGAAGAAAGGAGGUAAGAGUCAGCGGAUUUUGAUCUUUGAUCCAGGAGACUAGUCAUGAAGCUCACCAGAAGGCUUCUCUCAUGCCCUCGCAUGGGAAGCUGGAGCUGACAGAUGAGAGCUCACCCCGUCCCCCGGAUUCGAACUGCCGACCUUUCGGUCAGCAGUCCUGGCAGCAAAAUUGUUUAACCCAUUCCGCCACCGGGGGCUUCUUUUGCUUAACACAAUUAUAGUGCUAGGAUCCAUCCCAUUUUAACUGCCAGGCCUCUGUCCUUUGGGAUCCUGGGAUUUGUAGCUCAAAAGGGGGGAUAUUUAGAGUUCUCAGCCAGAGAGUUGUAGUGCCUCACCAAACUAGUUAACUGGCACCCAUGGGGAAAGUUACAACAAUGGACUCUCGGUUAACCGGCACCCGUGGGGAAAGUUACAACAAUGGACUCUCGGUUAAUCGGCACCCAUGGGGAAAGUUAUUAUCAUACUCUCAGUUUACUGGCCCCACUGGGAAAGUUAUUAUCAUACUCUCAGUUAACCGGCACCCAUGGGGAAAGUUGUACUCUCAGUUAACCGCGCCCAUGGGGUAAAUUAUCAUACUCAGAGUUAACUGGUACCCAUGGGGAAAGUUACUACACUAGACUCUUGGUUAACCGGCAUCCAUGGAGAAAGUUAUUAUCAUACUCUCAGUUUACCAGCACCCAUGGGGACGUUAUUAUCAUACUCUCAGUUAACCAGCACCCAUGGGGAAAGACAUUAUCAUCGUCUCAGUUAACCAGCACCGAUGGGCAAAGUCAUUAUCCUCUCAGUUAACCGAUACUCAUAGGGAAAGUUAUUAUCAUAUUCUUGGUUACCUGGCACCCAUGGGGAAAAUUAUUAUCAUACUCUCAGUUAACUGCCACCUAUGGGGCACCUCAGCUUAAGUGGCUGAGGGGGACAAGGAAAGGGUCUGAGGAUGUUAGGAAUAGUGGGAGUUGAAGUUCAAAACCCUAAGAAUAGUUAUGUCCCCUUUUCUCUUUUGCACUCAGUUAAAUAUAAUAACAUCCCUUCGUAUUUCUUAAAAGUUCAAGAGCUGGGAGGCCAACAACUCCCCAUCUGGCACACAUUUACUCAGAAGUAAGUACCACUCAGAUCCAUGGGAUGGAUUUGCUUCCUCUGGUUUCUCUGGAUCCUUGCAUUUUCAAAACAUAACACCGGCAAAUACAUCUCUGUUUUGUCACUGUACUGCCCAACACUGCUCGAAGAUGUAUUGUACUGGGUUGUUUUGGAGAAUGGGGGCGAGCAAGCUAGCUAACAGAACUAUAGAGCCAAUAUAAUUCUUCCUAGAUGUGGAUUUUGAUGUCCGUCGUUUUUCCUUCCUCUAUCACGCUAGCGGUGUUUCUUGUUUCUGUAAGAAAAAACAGGGUUACUUACUUCUAGGGAGGGGUUGGCAAGGGUUAAUAUACUAAAGAGGAGUGUGUUUUAAGUUUCUGUUACCCUGUCUGUUUUUCAAUAAAGGGCAUUGUGUGUA